AUGCGCGCGAGUCGUAGUCGUGCUGCGGGGACAGUACGGCCGGCGCGUUCUUCUGCUGCUGCUCCCGCCGCCGCCGGGACGGGUGAUGAUGACCAUCAGGGGGUAAGGAAACCCGGCGGCACAGGUGAGGUUUGCGGGUGGGAGGAGGCACCCACGGCAUCAAUAGCAGCGGUAGCCGCGGCAGCGGCGGCGGCGGCGAGGACCUCCACUGGCUCCACCAAGCGCGGCAGCGGCAGCGACGUGGCGCGCGGCGGCGCCGCUGCUGGGAGAAGGAGGCGGAAGACAUCAUCAUCAUUACCAGCGGCCAGGCAGCCAGCAGCACCUAGAAAGAGCAGCAGUAAAGACAAGAGCGUGGAGGACAUCAGCGAGCCAGAAGAAGACGGGCAGGCGGACGAGGGUGGCGACGACGGCGACAAUGACGAUGACGAGGGAAUGGAAGAUGCCGUCGUCAUGGAGGCGAGGCGAGGGCCGGCUCGCAAGGGGAGGACACGGCCGGCCGCCGCUCGUGCCAAGGCGGCGCCGACGAGGGCAAGCUCUCGCGCCAGGGCCGCCGUCAAGUACGCCGAGAACGACGACGACGGCGACGACGAGGUGCGAAGCAGCAGCGUUGAGGAGAAGGAAGUGGCCUACUCCGUCAAGCUGCUUGUGUACGAGGAGGAAGAGGACGGCGGGGGCUCUGGGAGGAGGGCAUCUCGGGGCAAGAAGCCUAGGAGGAAGAAGAAGGGAGCUGCUCCUGCUGCCGCUGCUGCGGAGGGCAAGGGCGGCAAGAACGGUCUUCUGGACAAGUUUGGCUUCCAGCCCGACGCGGACGCCGCCCAGGCCAACGUUGACUGGGAGUACGAGCGCGACAAGAAGGGUCCGGGGGGAAGAGCCUCGUCCGCAAAGGGUACCAAGGGCAAGGGGAAGAAGAAGCAGAACGCCGGGUCCAAGAAGCGUUCCAAGCCCGAGGGUGGCACCAGCACCGGGACACCUCUGAAAGAUCGUAAAGCGGAGCGAAGGAGCGGGCGCAGCAGGGGGGGUAAGAGCCUCUCGUACGCGGAGCCCCUUUCCGACUUCUCGGACGACGAGGACGGAGAUGUAGGGAGCAAGGGGGGCGGGGAUGAGGAUGGGGAAGGGGAUAGCUCGGGUAACGAGGAUAACGAGGAGGACUUUGAGGCCCCGAGAAUUUUGCAAUGCUUCAUGGCAAAGUUUCCAUUUUUUUUGCCUUCGUAUUCGCUUCGCAAGUUCCCGAAUUGGAAACAUUCCAAAACUUUGGCGCAAAGACGCUCUGGUUACAACGCCUCUAGGGCGAAAGAGAAAGGAGUCAGUCGGUGCUCGGGGGAGAAACUUAGCGUGGGCGCCGCGCACCUGGAACCACUUCACGGUGGGGAAGCAGCCUUUGGAUACCGGCAGAGUCUUAAGAUUGGUCGGUAGGUAUUCUGUCAAGCAAACUGGCGUACAACUGCGGUGUCGUCACUAAGGCCACUCGGAGGGUUUUCUCCGCGCGCAUCCAAUGUACGCGUAGCUCAGAUAAACUUUUUGGUGUCGAUCAGAGAAUAG